UGCACAAGGGCCACCUUGAUCACAGCGCGAGAGUGUUUAAGACUGUUUCUCUCAUUGUCCAUUCGUUCCAUUUCCAUCGCCCCAUUCCUUCCUUUCUCUCUUUCUCACUUUCUCUCUCUCUUUCUCUCUUUCUCUCUUUCUCCUUUUUUCUUCUUUCAACUUUCUUCUUUACAUCUUAUUCAUUCCUCACCUUUUUUUUUAUAACCCAUCACCAACAAAAGCCAUGUCAACUUUAGCUCCCACACAAGGCAACAACACUGGCAAGCAGCCUCACCAUCCCCAUACCCUUUCUACCUUGGACUUCCAAGGCGCCAGCGGUGCAGCAGCUGCCAGCGCUAUACGCACUGAACUCAACCGCUUGAUUUCUCAGGUCAAGGAUGAGAAGGAGAGACAGCUUUUCCAAAAUGAGAUGGGUAGCUUCUUCUUGCUCUUCAACCGUUGGCUAGGUGAGCGUAGCAAGGGCACAAAGAUCAAUUGGGACAAGGUCAAGUCGCCUCCAGCGGACCAGAUCGUCCCCUAUGACAAUAUUCCCAAGGUCGAGUCCAGCCCCCAUCUCAAUAAGCUUGCUGUUCUCAAGCUCAACGGAGGCCUUGGUACCACCAUGGGUUGUGUAGGCCCCAAGAGCGCUAUUGAGGUCCGUGAUGGGAUGACCUUCUUGGAUCUUAGCGUUCGUCAGAUCGAGUAUCUGAACAAGGCCAAGAAUGUCAAUGUGCCCUUCAUCCUCAUGAAUUCAUUCAACACAGACGAAGAGACCAAGCGUAUUGUUCAAAAGUACGCCACCCACAACAUUGAGAUUCUGACUUUUAACCAGUCCAGAUAUCCUCGUGUCAACAAGGAUUCACUUUUACCCUCUCCUCGCCAUCCCCACAGCGAUAUUGCUGAUUGGUACCCCCCUGGUCACGGAGAUUUGUUCGACUCGCUUACUAACUCAGGACUUUUGGACCAGCUAAUUGAGGAUGGCAAGGAAUACCUCUUUGUGUCCAACGUUGACAACUUGGGAGCCACUGUUGAUGAGGGCAUCUUGAAUCACAUGGUCGAGUCUGGUGCAGAGUUUUUGAUGGAAGUCACAGACAAAACUCGUGCUGACAUUAAAGGAGGUACGCUGAUCGAUUAUGAGGGCUCGAUCCGCCUUCUCGAAAUCGCACAGGUCCCUUCCGAGCACGUCGAAGAUUUCAAGAGUAUCAAGAAGUUCAAGAUCUUCAACACUAACAACUUGUGGGUCAACUUGAAGGCAAUUAAGCGUGUGGUUGAGAACAACGAGUUGAGUCUGGAGGUGAUUGUCAAUAACAAGACUACAGAAUCUGGGGAAAAGGUUAUUCAGUUGGAGACUGCUGUUGGUGCAGGUAUCAAGCAUUUCCACAACGCCCACGGUGUGAAUGUACCUCGUAGCCGCUUCUUGCCCGUCAAGUCAACUUCAGAUCUGUUCUUGGUCACCUCUGACCUGUACUCUCUCAACCAUGGUGAACUCUCGAUCAAUCCUAAGCGCAUGUUCAACACUGUUCCUCUUGUCAAGUUGGGAGAUCACUUCAAGAAGGUUAACAACUUUUUGUCUCGAUUCAACAACCCACCGCAUAUUCUGGAGCUAGACCAUCUAACGGUCACAGGCGAUGUAACAUUCGGGUCAGAUGUUGUUCUCAAAGGAACUGUUAUUAUUGUUGCUAAUGCUGGAUCUCAUAUCGACAUUCCUUCUGGCAGUAUCCUUGAGAACAAGGUCGUAUCUGGAAAUCUUCACAUCCUUGAUCAUUAAGAGAUAUUUCCCAUUUCAAUCCGAUGAAGCAUUAUGUAGCAUGGUAUCGCUUCUUUAUAUUUGAAUAAAAUAUCUAACAUAGGCAAGUCUUUCUGAA